GGGCACAGCGGCGGCACCAUGAGCACCAAGCAGGUGACGUGCAGGUACUUCCUGCAGGGAGUGUGUCGGGAGGGGAGCAAGUGCCUGUUCUCGCACGACCUGUCCACCAGCAAGUCCUCCACCGUCUGCAAGUACUACCAGCGGGGGCAGUGCGCCUACGGCUCCCGCUGCAGGUACGACCACGUGAAGCUCCCGGCCCCGGGCGGGGCCGCGGCCCCCGCUCCCCCCGCCGCCCCCCCGAGCCCGCGGCAGCCCCCGGAGCGCGGCCCCCGCAGCAGGAGGGAGAAGAGGACGCUGGUGCUCAGGGACAGGAAUCUGUGUGGCUCAGGAGAGGAGAAGCCGCCACCGGGCGCCCCCGGGGACGGGGGGAGCUGCAGCGAUGCCGUGGAGAGCCUGGAGGGGAAGCCCCACUCGUACCUGGAGGCCAUCUGCAGCGGGCUGGAGGAGCCCCCGGCGCCCGGCGGGGCCGGGGAGCAGCUGUGCCCCUACUCGGCCCGCGGGCCCUGCCCCGCCGGGGAGCGCUGCCCGUACCUGCACGGGGACCUGUGCGACAUCUGCGGCCUCGCCCUGCUGCACCCGCACGACCCCGAGCAGAGGAGGGCACACGAGAUGAUGUGCAUGGCCACGUUUGAGCACGACAUGGAGAAGGCCUUUGCCUUCCAGGCCAGCCAGGACAAGGUGUGUUCCAUCUGCAUGGAGGUGGUGUACGAGAAACCAUCGGCCUCGGAGAGGAGGUUUGGGAUCCUGUCCAACUGCACCCACACCUACUGCCUGUCCUGCAUCCGGCAGUGGAGAUGUGCCAAGCAGUUUGAGAACCCCAUCAUCAAGUCAUGCCCCGAGUGCCGAGUGAUCUCGGAGUUCGUCAUCCCCAGUGUGUACUGGGUGGAGGAGCAGGAGAAGAAGAAUGAGCUGAUUGAAGCCUUUAAGCAGGGAGUGGGGAAAAAGCCCUGCAAGUACUUUGAGCAGGGGAAGGGGACGUGCCCGUUUGGCGGGAAGUGCCUGUACCUGCACGCGUACCCCGACGGCACCCGCGCCGAGCCCGAGAAACCCCGCAAGCAGCUGAGCUCCGAGGGCACCGUGCGGUUCUUCAACUCGGUGCGGCUGUGGGACUUCAUCGAGGACAGGGAGAGCCGGGCGGCGCCGGGCACCGACCAGGUCACCGAGCUGGGGGAGCUGUUCAUGCACCUCUCGGGGGCUGAGGAGGACCCUGCUGCUGCCCCGUGAGCACAGCACAGCCCCCACCCACAGCACUGCAGCUAUUUAUGAGCCUGGCUUUUACUCUCUGCAGCACAGGUAGAACAAACAUGCCCUGUGGUUUACUGUGCAGUCCCGGUGAAGUUUUCAGAUAGUUUUUGUAUGGCAACAAAAAUACUAAAAUAUAUUUAAAAAAAUAAAUUGACUGCAUGGAGAAAAAAAAAAUCCCUUAAUCCCAAGAGGGUUUUUUCCCUCUCUGGCCUAACAUAAGCUGUCUUGUGAGCUGAGUGGUAGUGUAAAUACAGUGCCAGGUAAAGCUUAAGCUGGUAAAAACUGUUGCUGAAUAGAGUUUGGGUGCUUUUUUUUUUUGUUUCCUCCACUAAAUCAACUAAAUUUAUAACUACAAAACCCACUAGGAAUAAUAGUUAGUGUAUAUUUUUCUCCUUAAAAAGGAGACCUGAGAUUUAAGAAGUUACACAUUAUACCUCAGACAGUACCUGGAGUUCAGCAUAAAGUUUGCUGCACUCUUGGGUGGGUGUCUUGGGAGUGGGGCUGGACAAGGCCUGGCUCUCCAGACAGUGCCAGUUGGGUUCCCACCCUUGUUUCACACCAACUGAAGUGCAGGGGGGAUGAAGUGGCUCUUGGAGCAGCUGCUGUCAAGCAAAUGCAGCUGCACUGAUUCAGAGACUCGGGCAGAGCAACACUGGUGUCACAGGGCAGAGCUCAAUCGAGCUUCCAGCACAAACUGGCGCCUGGAAGCCGCAGCGUGGGAAAGGCAUUGUCAGUAAUCAGAGCCACGGCCCUGCCCCAGGCUGGGAGUGGCUCUGCAGCUGCUCUGUCUCCAUCUGCCAUGGCCAGGCCAAGGCCAGCGGUGUUGGAGGCCCGGGAGGGGUGGGGGAUCCAGGCACAUCUCUGCUGAGUGAACAGUUUACUGAAUUCUGGGUUUGUUAAAAAUGGCAUUCAUGUUUGUGCUGCAAAGAGAGUCUGAUUGUGAAAUUUGAUACGCAGUUAAUUCUGCUCAAUCAUUUGCAUGAACUUUGCAGUUAAAUUAAGAAUUUUAUCUGGACACAGGUGAAGUGGCUGCUGAGUCACAGCAUGAACACACCUGAGCUAUUACUGCCCCUGAAGGGGAGGGAAGCUCAGGUUCUGUAAAUACAUCCCUUGGGAUUAGAGUGAAAGCACAAUGAAUGAACAGUGUGUAAAUAUAUAUAUGUGUGUGUGUGUGUGCACAUAUAUGUAUGUAGGGUUUAUUUUAGAACAAUUUGGUUAAAGUGAAAGCAGGGAUGGAGUCAGUUUGGUUAUUAUCUGUAUUAAUACAGCAACCUAAAGGCAUAAAAAUAACACUUCAGAAAGUGUAAAAGGGAAAGAAAGAAAGAGAAAGGAAGCAGCUGAGUGGAGACAUCUCACCCCCCCCCAGAUCCAGUGAUGGUCACAGUCCUGAUCCAUCGGGGAGGGGAAAGAGCCACAGAACACCAAGGUCCGUGGUUAAUGUUCCUUCAGGGUCAGGGGGGAAGCCCAGGUUGCAGCACUGGGAUCACCUGCAGUGCUCCGGGGCAAGGCCCCACCUGGGGGCUCUCUGAUGGUUUCUGACCCCUUCUAAGACACGACCCUGGCUCACAUCAGGGGCUGAGCCAGCUGUGCCAUCAGGAGGGAUGGAAACCCUCAGCCACAUUCAGAGCAGGUGAAUGUCCCUCUGAAUGUGGCCUUUUUUACUCCUCAGCAGGGACAUUGGCAGGAUGAAAAGCACUGUCCCACCUGCAGGAUCUGCUGCUUGUGGCCUCCUCCCUUCCCUGGCUCCAUGCCCAGAGCCCCCCAGGGGGUUCUCACCCCGUCACCCCCCCAGCUCUGCUGUGCCCCUGCCAGGGCUGCUCCUUAUCCUGGACCAUUCCAGCCUGUCCCCCACAGGGGGGCUGCAGCCCCUGAAGGGCUCCUUGCCCCCAGCCCCGAGGCUGCCCGGGCUGCACUGGCCAGGGCACAGAAAUCUCUGCUCUGUGGGGCAGAACCUGCUGCCAGCUGGGCAGACUGGGCUCUGCUCUGGUGGGAGAACUGGGAGCAGGAACCUUCACCUGGGAUUCAAACCCCUGCAAAUGGCACCCAGUCAGUGACCCCAGCACUAUCCCCUGCUGGCUGGUGUUUCUGGGGCAGAAGUGGAGCUGAGAAACCCCUGGCUGGCAGCUCAGCACCUGUGUAAGGGAGAACUCUGUGCCCAGCACUUCCCUCAGACAGAACAUGCCAGGUUUGCUCUCUGCUCUGAGCUGGGAAAGGGAACUUUCCCAGAAAUAUUUCCCCCUGGAGUUCAUCUCUAGCAGUGCUGGCUGCAGUCAGGUCUUGCCUGGUGUCUGUAACAAACACUAAAUCUCAGCUGCUUUACAAAACUGGCCCCUGGAGGCACCAGCAAAGGUCUCACCCAAGUCCUGUUGGUACAACUGGUCCUCAGUAAUCACAAAGAUGAAGGAAAAUCAUCACUAACAGUGAUGUCAAACACUGAGAUGGAUGUUCAAGAGCACCUCCCAAACAUACUUUCUACCUCAAAAUACACAGCCCCUACCCUCCCACUGAAAAGAGUCACAGAAUCUAUUUUAAAAAUCAGGACUUAAUGGUUUCUUUGGGGAAAUCAGAGCUAAAGGAAAAGCAGCUUAAGCAUUUCUGGUGGGUUUUUUCUUCUCCCUCUUUAUGCUGAUGAUAAUGAAGUUAAAAUUACCGAUAAAUUACAUUAGAGAGAGUUGCAGUUAAAAUACCAAGGGUAUUAAUAAAACCCAUGCAGAACCUCAA